CAUCGAUAAGAGAGGGUGGCAGAUGGGAAAACACCAAGUGAGUUGGAAGAAGCGAAGGGGAAGAACUCGCUCCCGUCCUCUUCGUAAUUAGACCGGUUCAUCACCCUUGUCGACGAGAUGCGCCGGUCCACCGCCGCCGCUCAACGCGCCUGGUUGCCUCUCUUCUGCGUGCUUCUCCUCCUCCUCCUCUUCUCUCUGUUUGCUACAGCUGCGGUUGAAGAUGGUUUGCUUAACAAUGGAGAUUUCGAGACAGUAGGUGCCGUCUCAACCGGUGGCAAGGGUGACGGAAUCACCUCCUUCCCUGGCUGGACUGUCAAUGGGACGGUGGAACUCGUCGAAUCUGGUCAAAAGCAAGGCGGCAUGAUCCUCAUAGUCCCCCAAGGGGUGCACGCGGUGCGGCUGGGGAACGACGCAGAGAUAUCGCAGAGCCUGCAGCUGGAGAAGGGGGCGACGUACGCGGUGACGUUUAGCGCGGCGCGGACGUGCGCGCAGCUGGAGACGCUGAACGUGUCGGUGUGGCCGGCGUCGCAGGCGGUGGACCUGCAGACGCUGUACAGCGUCGAGGGGUGGGACGCCUAUGCCUGGGCGUUCCAGGCGCCGGCGGAGGCCGAGGUCGACGGGGCGGAGUCGAGGCUGAGCUUUAGGAACCCCGGCAUGGAGGACGACCCCACCUGCGGUCCCAUCAUCGACGAUGUCGCCAUCAAGAAGCUCUUCGCUCCCGAGAGACCCCAAGACGAUGCCGUCGUCAAUGGCGACUUCGAGGAAGGCCCGUGGAUGUUACCCAACUCCAGCCUCGGCGUGCUCCUCCCCACCAACCUCGACGAGGAGACGUCCGCCCUCCCCGGCUGGAUGGUGGAGUCCAACCGCGCCGUGCGCUACAUCGACUCCUACCACUUCGACGUCCCGCAGGGGAAGCGCGCCGUCGAGCUGCUGUCGGGAAAGGAAGGGAUCAUCUCCCAGAUGGUGGAGACAACCCCUCAGAAGCAGUACAGCCUCACCUUCACGGUCGGGGCCGCUGGCGACUCCUGCCAGGCGCCCAUGGCCAUCAUGGCCUUCGCGGGGGACCAGGCGCAGAGCUUCCACUACUCGCCCAAGGGCAACGCGACCCACCAACCUGCCAACGUCACGUUCACGGCGCGGGCCGAGAGGACACGCAUCGCCUUCUACAGCGUGUACUACAAUACGAGGAGCGACGACCGGAGCUCGCUCUGCGGGCCGGUGGUGGACGAGGUGAGGGUGCGGGGAGUCUCCAAGGCAGCCGCGAGUAGCUCCAAAUGGGUUGCAUGUCUUCUCAGUCUGGCCGUGCCCGUGCUUAUGGUGUUCUUCUGAGUCUUCGCUCUCCUCCGAGUCAAAAUAAUAUUAAUGGAUAUCCUAUUAAUCAA